AUGAAGAGGUUACAAUGUGAACACUGUGCAGGUACAGUAAAAGUCUUCAUACUAAUGGUAAUAGUAAGAAAAGUUAUAGAUCAAAAAGAAGGGUGAAGGCUAGCUCUCCUUUUACCACUUCCCUCUCUGGACAUUGUUUUCAUUUCACAAGCCUACUUCAUUUUGAAGCAGAAAAUAUGACAUACAUAGUAUGUUUCAAGUGUUUUGAAUGUUUUAUCAUUUUUCUUUUAGCGGGGACCCCUUCUCAGCAUAGCCAGUAUGGGAAGCCUCAUGUCAACACGUCAGACCAACAGGUUAGCAGAAUGACACUGGAUACGAGUAUCAAAACAAAAUAUUACAGUAUUACAUUUGACCUGGAGUCUGAAUUGAGUGAGUCUGUGUUUCAUCCUCAUAGCUCCACAGUGACGAUGAUGGCUUGAACUACUCUUCCCUGAAGUUCACUGACAAGAACAGUACCAAGCCCAGGAGACAGAGGAGAGAACAGAGAGAGGAAGAAACCAUCUACUCUGAUGUGUCACAUAGACAGGAUGUGGUAGUCCUCCAAUCGGCAUCACAGGUGGCACCUUAAUUGGGGAGGACGGGCUCAUAGUAUUUGCUGGAACGGAAUAAAUGAAAUGGGAUUGAACGCAUCAAACACAUUGAUACAAUUCCUAAUCCAUUCUAGCCAUUGUUGUGAGCCGUCCUCCCCUAAGCAGCCUCCUGUGAUCAGCAUCAUUCUAGGUUAAGCCCCACCCCUCCUCUGAACUCUACUUUGAGCUUGACUGUGUCCUUGUGACCUGGCUAUUUGUACAUUUCUCAUUUACUGUAUGUUGCCAUUGCAGGGGCCUAGCUUUGGCUAAUAUACACUACCAGUCAAAAGUUUGGACACAUCUACUCAUUCAAGGAAUAUAUCCCUAUUUGGUAAAAGACCAAGUCCAUAUCAUGGCAAGAACAGCUCAAAUAAGCAAAGAGAAACGACAGUCCAUCAUUACUUUAAGACAUGAAGGUCAGUCAAUACCGAACAUUUCAAGGACUUUGAAAGUUUUUUCAUGUGCAGUCGCAAAAACCAUCAAGCGCUACGAUGAAACUGGAAUCUCAUGAGGACCGCCACAGGAAUGGAAGACCCAGAGUUACCUCUGCAGCAGAGGAUAAGUUCAUUAGAGUUACCAGCCUGAGAAAUUGCAGCCCAAAUAAAUGCUUCACAGAGUUCAAGUCACAGAUACAUCUCAACAUCAACUGUUCAGAGGGGACUGUGUGAAUCAGGCAUUCAUGGUCGAAUUGCUGCAAAGAAACCACUACUAAAGGACACCAAUAAUAAGAAGAGACCAGCUUGGACCAAGAAACACGAGCAAUGGACAUUAGACCGGUGGAAAUGUGUCCUUUGGUCUGGAGUCCAAAUUGGAUAUUUCUGGUUCCAACCACUGUGUCUUUGUGAGACGCUGUGUGGGUGAACGGAUGAUCUCCGCAUGUGUAUUUCCCACCUUAAAUAAUUGAGGAGGAGGUGUUAUGGUGUGGGGGUGCUUUGCUGGUGACACUGUCUGUGAUUUAUUUAGAAUUCAAGGCACACUUAACCAUCAUGGCUACCACAGCAUUCUGCAGCGUUACGCCAUGCCAUCUGGUUUGGGCUAUCAUUUGUUUUUCAACAGGACAAUGACCCAACACACCAUCAUGCUGUGUAAGGGCUACUUUACCAAGAAGGAGAGUGAUGGAGUGCUGCAUCAGAUGACCUGGCCUCCACAAUCCCCCGACAUCAACCCAAUUGAGAUGGUUUGGGAUGAGUCGGACGGUAGAGUGAAGGAAAAGCAUUCAACAAGUGCUCAACAUAUGUGGGAACUCCUUCAAGACUGUUGGAAUAGCAUUUAUGCUUCAUAUAGGUAGCUGGAGUCAUUUAGUAAUUGUGGAUGAAGUAUGUAUCUCUCUCUCUUUAUUUUAUAAUCUGAACGUGGACACAGAGAAUUAUGUUGCACUGAGUGUACAAAGCUGUCAUCAAGGCAAAGGGUGGCUAUUUGAAGAAUCUCAAAUAUAAAAUAUGUUUUGAUUUGUUUAACACUUUUUUGGUUACUACAUGAUUCCAUGUGUGUUAUUUCGUAGUUUUGAUGUCUUUACUAUUAUUCUACAAUGUAGAAAAUAGUAAAACAUUAAGAAAAACCCUUGAAUGAGUAGGUGUUCUAAAACUUUUGACUGGUUUUGUACAUACAAAAUCACUCGGGUGCAGAGCAUAAUUUUCCACAAAAUGUGAAAGCUGAUACUAGGAUGGUUUCAGAAGUCUCAAAUCCUCACCAAUAGUGGCUUAGGUUGACAGACUGGAUACAUUUGUUUUUGUAGAAGUGUACAACAAAAUGUACAUAAUGAUUUUGCAAAUGUCUGAACUCUUCUUUUUCAUGAUAAUACUUGUGACAUAACUACUAAUACUCUGUAACCUGCCUUUAUGCUUGUAUGAUAUUUCAAUAAACAUGUUUUUUUUUUUUUUUUUUACAACUUAUUUUCACCCGGUAUCAAAGGAUCACAUCUUUAUUUUGUAAAAAAGGUGCCAACCUCACCAGAAUUCAUUUCCUCCUGAAAGCUUGAACUGCCUUCUACAGACAUGAAGUGAGAAAUACAAUGUAGACCCCCAAUGCAUCACAAAGAGUACAUAAUGUGCCACUAGAUGUGCCAUUAGUCUCAGUCACAGACCCAAAUUAUGAAAAAAUACAAACCAGUAACUCUGAUUUUAUAGUGUUUUAAGACAUAUGUGGAAGUAGCCUGCCAUCAUCCCAAAUGUAAAGAAAUACAAACCAAUAGCUCUAACUUUAUAAUAUUUUAAGCAGGGGUUGGAACUUAAAUUAUUUCCCAAUCAUUUCGUUGAGAACAAACAAUUUUUUUUUUUUGUUCAGUUCCUCUGUUCCGGAAGAGCAAAAUAGAGUUCUGAACAGGAUCGAACCAAUAAAAAGUAACUGUUUAUAUUGUUCCUUUCUGUUCCUUUUUAAACAUCUGAAAUCAUUAUUUUUUAAACAUUUUGCUCAACAUUAAUACAUUACCUCAGUGUGGAUAGAGCAGCUUGCUAUGGAGUGGGCAAAGUAUUUACAUACAUUGGACAGACAAGUCUAGGGCGCGAGAUGCGACUGAAAGUUUGCUGGUGGGGAGAGAAAGAGAGAGGAUGGAGGAUGAGGCUUGGCUUGAAGCGCUGGGCAUCUUGUUGAUAUGACAUGCAUUAUCUGAAUUAGGCCCACAGAAUUAUACCUUUCGGAGGACCGGUUUCUAUGAAGGAACUUUUAAUGUCUUUGAACUUCAGAGAGUUGGCUUAACGUUGGACCAAAACUAGCUAGCUAGCUAACAAGCUUGUGUGUGCAGAGCAGCACCAGAAUUGAAAAAAAUUUAAAAACAUGUCGUACCAUUUUGUAGUUACUAAAGCGAAAGUGAAACAUGAUAACUAUGAAUUGAGCUUGUAACAUCAGUAGUAGGAUAGUUGACUAUGCUUCGGAGGGGAGGGGCAGGUAGCCUACACACACACAGUGGCAAGUUUUUUUCUGAGACUGGAAGAAAAGGCCCAGAACGUAAAAAUAAAGUUAUUAACCAGUUCCCAUGCUUUUAAAAUAAAGGUUCUGUUCUGGAACAGUAUAGAUAAUGUUCGUUCCCGGUUACGUUUCUGUUCUUCGAAAAAUUACGUUAUUUUCCGGUUUUCGGAUCUGUUCCCUGAACUGGUUCCAACCCCUGAUUUUAAGACAUUUCUGCCGGAAGUCAAACCAAAAGCUCUAACAUUAUAGUUUUUUAAGACAGAAAGCAAACCUUUAUCAUAGCAUAAGCAUUUUAGAGAGAAAAUCCUAAUUGAUUCAUCAAUGAAUACACAUCUGCAUGUAAGGUGAGACAUUUUCUCAACCUCACUUCCUCUUCAAACAACCAAUGGAGCCAACCUUAAAGUUGUGACUCCUGUGGUGCAUGUAGAUACAAAUUUCCGCUGAUGCUGUCACUUCACUUUGUCUCUUGACCCUCAUCACAGUUGAUUUGUUACACCAGACCAGACGAGAGAGAAGAAGCAGAAGGAUGUUCAGGUUGUGUCUAGUCCUGGUUAUCAUCAAAGCCUGUAAGUUUAUCUCAUUAUAUGAUCAAUGUUAUGUCAGUUUUAAAGUUUAAAAAAAGGACAACCAUAUCUGCAACUCAGUCGGCUCAAAAAUUUCAGGGGGGAAUAUGAUUAGGUGACCUCACACUUUAAAAAAGAUGUAAACAACAUAGAAGGGCACAUAGAGUUACAGAACAUUAAAUCUCAAAAGUGUUCUACCAGGUGGGGACCUCAUUCAGCCUCGAAAGCCAUCCGAUCUGCCGGCUGAUCUUGCUAAUGUCGUAGUAAAUAUAUUUGUUAUAGUGAAUAUGGAAUAUGAUAUGUUGAGUAAAAUGUUGUGCUAAGAUCUAUUUAGGUCAGGAGCUGGUUAUAAGUUCUGUUCCUAUCCAAUAACAAUGGACAAAAGGGUCCUAUCUUGUCAGCCUUGUCAGCAGGUGGCCAAGGACAACACCCACGCCAUAGGCCUCUCAGUUCUUCCAACUCACGAGUUCUUGCUCUGAGGACACACACACACACACACACAAACACACACACACACACAUCAUCACUGUUAAACACACACACACACACACACAUCAUCACUGUUAAACACACACACACACACACACAAAAAUCCCCUCUCUUAGGCUGAACAUUUGAAGACAGAGAACCCGACUCAGAGCCAAUGCAACAGUGACAGUAGCCUGGAGGGGACCUCGCCCAACUCAUCAGGACCAAUCAGAAGAUCAGAACUACUAGAUUCAACCUACUUCAUUUAUUGCAUAAAAUGUCUGCACAGUGCACACAAUGUUUCGGGGCUCUCUUCAGAUAAUAAUAAUAAUAUGCCAUUUAGCAGACGCUUUUAUCCAAAGCGACUUACAGUCAUGCGUGCAUACAUUUUUGUGUAUGGGUGGCCCCGGGGAUCGAACCCACUACCUUGGCGUUACAAGCGCCGUGCUCUACCAGCUGAGCUACAGAAAGUGGAUACUCAUGGAUGCGCAUCGCAAUUGUAAAAUGUCAACACAAUUGGAGACACCACGUCAUUUUUGGAGACAUGUUAUUGACAGUAAACUAUUGUAGAUGCGACUGCUAACUAAAUAAAACAUUUUAGCUGGCUAGCUAAUCAUCUUAGCUAAAUGUGGGGCAAACAAUUCAGUUAUUUACCGUUAAUUUGAGGGAUUGGGGUGAAAGAAAUCGAGUUACAUAGUGAUACUUUACGAUAUACUGUAUUGACAAUAUCGCAAUAUUGUAGGGCUAGUUGGCUGUACCUGCACCAAAACACCAUUAUUGUUCCUUCAUAGCUUGUUCUCAAUCUUUUCACAUUGGGAGCCAAUUUGUUUUCAGCACUUUUAUUUCCAUGACUGAUCAAAACUCGUUCUCAUGACUUUCUGAUCCCUCUGCAACAGACAUAUGGUGCGCAAUAAAAUCACAGUAUCGAAUCGCAAUACGUAUAGAAUCAUGAGACUCGCAAUGCAUAUAUCUUAUCGUGAGGUUCCUGGCAAUUCCCAGCCCAAGUUCAUUUGCCACAACAAAUCUCUUCGCUAGCAAACACGAUGUCUUCUCCAAAACGGCAAUGUGUCUCCAGCAAUGUUUACUUUUUUGACGUUCUAUGGCAUCUCCACUUUCCAAGCAUAUAUGACCACAUGUAAUAUUUUGGUAAGUGAUGCAAAUAGUGAACUAUGUAGGGCCAGGAUGUAAAAUAUAUGUAGCUGCAGCAAUUUCUCUUAUCUGAUAUGGUAAGUAAUGGGGCUUAAUGUAUAGCUCCCUAAGAGUUUGACGAACGGGUCCGUGCACGCGAUUCCAGAUAUCUUUACCUCUGAAUAAACUGCCUUUAUUAUACCAUAUCCACCCUGUCCAAAGUCUCUACUUGGUCUCAGUUCUCCAGUAAACUUGUGAUUAUCAACACUAACCUCAUCGUUGUGGCGGCGGACAGCUAGCCUGUAUCCCUCAUCCAGUUGAGUGGCAAUGUUAUUUUUUCGUUCGUACCAAUUUUUGGAAAAUCCUCGGGUGUAGGACUUUCCGCCUUUAGUAGAAACCUGUUGAAUUAUUAAAUUUGGUCUGGGAGGUCCUAAUUGUUUCGUUGCCAAUUUAUCUUCAUUUGUUCGCCGACAAAAAGGAACUUCUUUCAAAGACACAAUCCGCUCUUUUCUUAGUUACGUUCAUGGUUACAUUACGUAUGACGAAAGCGCGUAAGUGCAAGCCCUCAGACACCCAUAGAGAUUGUAUUGAAAGCUCUGAAAUUUGAAAAAAAUAGAUUUUACAUGGGAGUCUAUGACAGACUUCUGGGCGAUUUUCAACCUGACUGAAAUCGCCCCAAAAGGGGGGGUGGCCAUUUGAAGCAAUUGGACAUUUAGUGGCAGUGUGGCACUGUGGCAGAUCAGACGUCUAGAUUACAACACUGAUAACUACUGUUGCCGUGAUAUAAUUGAUUAGAAAAAAAAUCCCUUCCUUUUCCCGUUUGGCAGUGCGUCGCCCAUAUCGCCCUAUUGAACAGGCCGCCCCUGUCUGCAACACUCCACUUAAUAGUUUAAAGAGAUCUGAAUUUACAGCUAUACUGUGUAAAUAUGAUGUAUUCUCUUAAUCAGAUGAUUAAGAUCUUAAUUUAACAAAUGUUUAGGUAGAGCACUUGCUACAGUAAUAUUCUAGAGAUUCAAUGUGUUUAUUGGCCUUCUUGUCAGGUUCAGGGACCAGAAGCAUGUCUGUGCUCCAGCCGCCUGUGUCUGUCAGUCCAGCCAGGAGACUCUGUGACUCUGAACUGUUCAAUACACACUGA